CACGUGAGAUGGGUGACGUCGGCUCGAGAGAACAGUAGACAUGGCGGAAACAGCUCCUCCCAAGGUGCUCUUUGAACAUGAAGGUGUUUUUAUCCAUGCAAACACUGAAGAGUCAGAAGAUCAAGAUUCAUUAAUAUCAGGGUCCCUUUGGAUUAUCGAAAAGGAUGGUGAAACACUUGUGGAAUAUAAACCUCUGGAGGACCCUGUGGAUCCUUCAAACAUGCUUUGUGCCUGCAAGGACUCUAGUUCAGUGGUGGAAUGGACACAGAGGCCUCAUCGUUCUUUAGACCAGCAGCUCAGCUAUGAGACUGAGUGGGACAUGGUUAACACUGUCUCCUUCAAGAAAAAAGUUCACAUUAACGGGGAAGGUGGCUCAAACCACUUAAAUGAUCGAAACAAAUGGGCCUUUUCUUUUUAUGUUGGAGAGCUGAGGUCUGUCACUGUCAAAUGUGAAGGCUGGUCGUACCUGAUUUUUUGCCUUAGAGAUGAAACAACAUUACCAGCCAUUCACUUCCAUCAAGGAGGCAGCCAAGCAUUCCUGGACGGCUUAAGGAAAUCAGUGCAACUUAGCGAGAGUCCUGAUGACAAUGGCAUUUUAGUUGUUGGCCCAUACAGCAAAGCCUUUUCACAGUCCUUUGAGAAUCUUCUAGAUGACACAAACUUUGGCCUUGUUCAGAAGUUCAAGAAGGAUCCCUACACAACAACCUUAGGCAGCUUCUCUAAAGUCACAAAUUACAUCUUUGAUGCAUUUCGGCCAACUGAGUCCGAGUGUGUGCAGCACCCUGGCGAGGAAAUGGCGGGCAUUCUCGGAGAGCUGAUCCCUGGGCUGGAGAUCAAUCAGCAGGAGGAGCCUGGCUUUGAGGUUAUCACAAGAGUUGACUUGGGCACAAGGCCAGAGGUGCAAAGGGGAGAGCCAGUGAUGAUGGAGGACUGGGCAAAGCACCAAGACUCAGAAGGAAGAGUGUCCAAUGUGCCUCACUUAAUGCAGCGCAUUUUCAAAGGGGGCCUGUGCCAUGCUGUCAGGAAAGAAGCCUGGAAGUUUUUGCUGGGCUUUUAUCCCUGGGACAGUACACACGAAGAGAGGAAAAAUCUACAGAAAAGGAAAACGGAUGAGUACUUCAGAAUGAAACUGCAGUGGAAGUCAGUCAGUGAAGAACAGGAGAAAAGAAAUUCCAGAUUACGGGACUAUAAAAGCCUUAUCGAAAAAGACGUUAACAGAACUGACCGCAACAACAAGUUCUACGAAGGCAUGGACAACCCUGGCCUGAUUUUACUGCAUGACAUCCUGAUGACAUACUGCAUGUAUGACUUUGAUUUGGGUUAUGUGCAAGGCAUGAGUGAUCUGCUUUCUCCCAUCCUUUAUGUGAUGGAGAACGAAGUGGAUGCUUUCUGGUGCUUCGUCUCCUUCAUGGAUCAGAUACAUGCAAAUUUUGAGGAGCAGAUGCAGGGCAUGAAGACGCAGUUGAUUCAGCUCAGCACAUUGUUACGACUGCUAGACUUGUCCUUCUGGAACUAUCUGGAGGCUCAAGAUUCAGGGUACUUAUAUUUCUGUUUUCGUUGGUUACUGAUCCGCUUCAAGAGAGAACUUCACUUCCAGGAUGUGCUUCGUCUUUGGGAGGUAAUGUGGACAGACCUACCCUGCAAAAAUUUUCAUCUACUGGUAUGCUGUGCAAUUUUGGAUUCAGAAAAACAGAAAAUAAUGGACAGACAUUAUGGAUUUAAUGAAAUUCUUAAGCAUAUAAAUGAACUUUCUAUGAAACUGGACAUUGAAGAAAUCCUUAUAAAAUCAGAAGCUAUUUAUAUGCAACUGAAGAAUUGCAAGGACUUGCCCCAUUCAGUGAGUGAAAUUCUAGGCUUCAGCACAGACACCAAGAACUCUACAUUAGAAACCAGCGAGUACAGUGUGCUCGACUCACCACAGACUUCACCAAGAUCUGCACACAGACAGGACCAGGCUUUCUCCAAUGGUCAUGGACUCUUACCAGAAACAUCACAUAACAGAUGUGAAGUAGCCUUUAUUUCAUAGGGCUCAGCCCAACAUGUAUAUUACAGACUUUUUCUUAGCUCCUGUAUAUCAUUAAGAGGAACAGUAUUGGGUAUCAUGUAGAUAUUUGCUACCAAAAAUGACAUUGUAAAGUAGCCCAUAUAAAACCAGAGAAAGGAAUAUGUGUGAAUGUAAAAUAAGGAUCUAAUAUGAUUCUAAAGCUAUUAUUUUUGUAAUUUCUUGUACCAUAUUGUCUUUAAUUGAAAUAAUCAUUCCUUCUCAUUGUACAAAGUUUUCAAAAUGAUGGAGUUUCCAUUGUUGAUUCUAAGUGCAGAUUUACUUCUUUCAUUACUUAUUUUUCCUCAGUCAUGAACAGAUUAAAAUGAUUCAAAUCUGGUGGUGACUGUUUACUUUACUCUGGUACACAUGUGGCUUAAAUUGGGCUAAAAAAAUCAAAUUUAUGUUUUAGACAUAAAGUAACAUAAAAUGGCACCACUCCUUCCUUGAUAUUUUUAGCUUAUGUUAUAU